CGGAUAUUCCGUACGGGAGCGUCCCCUCUUUUCUCCCCGGGCCCUAAUCCUCUUCGUCGUCGUCGUCGUCCUCCUCACAUACCUCUCUCGUUCCCGAGCUCCCUCACCUCUCCAAUGGCCGAUGGGGGAGAUGACGCCGACGAGGCGGCGGCGGAGCUCACCGACAAGCAGAAGAAGGAGAUCGCCAAAUGGUUUCUCACCAACGCCCCCGCCGGAGAGAUCAACUACGUCGCCAAAGAUAUACGUUCGCUUCUCGGCAACGAUCGUGUCUACGAGGCGGCGGCGGCCGAGGCGUUCCCGAUUUACAACAAGAGCCAUUUGGUCGCGCUCGAGAUGCCCGAUAGGAGCGGCGAUGUAAUCAUUACGCCCUAUGGAGAACUUGACAAAUGCAAUUACUUUGAUCCCAGGACGAUGCAGGUUGCUACUGUGGAUCAUAUGAAGCAGGUUUGCACAAAAGUUAGAGCCGCUACAGAUGAAGAGCUUCCAUCUUCGUAUGUUGAGGAGUUUCGGAUUGCCUUGGAUAAUGAACUAGUGAAGUAUGUUAGUGAGACAUAUCCAAAAGGAAUAUGUGCAGUCUAUUGCACUGGUGGAAAACAUGUUGAAGGACCAGGAGCUGACUUUGGGUUUGCAAUAAUUAUUUCUGCCGCUAAGCAUAGCCCACAAAAUUUCUGCAAUGGUAGCUGGCGCUCAAGUUGGAGUGUAGAUUUCAAGGAUGAUUUGCAACUCGUGGAAUUGAAAGGAAAGAUGCAGGUAGGUGCCCAUUAUUUUGAGGAAGGAAACGUGCAACUAGAUGCAAAUAAUGAGUGCAAGGACUCCACCAUAUUUCAGUCCCCUGAAGAUUGUGCUAUUUCAAUAACCAACAUGAUACGCCAUCGUGAGACUGAGUAUAUGACAUCUCUUGAGGCAUCUUAUUUAAAUUUACCUGACACCACUUUCAAGGAUCUUCGGAGAAAACUUCCAGUUACUCGCACUCUUUUUCCUUGGCAUAGUACUUUCCAAUUCAGCCUGAAUAGAGACCUUGCCAAAGAUCUCGGGAUUGGAAAGUGAAGGUGAGAAAAGAUUAAAAAAAAAAAAAAAAACCCGAAGGAAAGAAAUCGGCUUUCACUUAACAUUUUCACCUCCAGGCUUCUGUUUCUUGCGAAGUGUCAGAAAAUUUGACCUCUUGGGUCAUACCUUAGUUCUUCGAAAGCUGGAUCUAGCUCUUUUCAAGGUCAUGGGUUAAAAGUGAUGUCUAUGUUGAAUUACAACCAUUCGGCCUUGUAAGAAUCUCUCAUGUGAAUGUAUAUUGGAUACAGCACACAUCAUUUUCUUGUGAAUCUAUUGUAUCGAGAUUUUAUGUGCUUCAAAGCAGUGAAAGUUGCAUGGCAUGUUGUGUGAA